CUACUAUGUCCACCAAUAUUGCUCUGAAUGAAAAUCAAAAAACAUAGAAUCAUGGGGCGGUGUCUUCAGAGCACUUCUAUCAAGCUAUAUCUUCCGAAAGAUGUGGUUGUGGGUGAAAAAUUUCGGAAAUUACUGCCGUUUUGCCCUUAAGUUGAUUUCAAGUGCCCUGCACCAUACCGGUAUAUGCCUUGUUACCUUGUAUCCUACCCUCUCUCACUUUCUGGGGACUCGGAUGCGAACCUGAGAGGCUUGUUCACCCUAUUUUUCCAUUCCGUUGCACUUCUUGCCAGCUGCGGGUAUGGGAUGUCUCUCUGUACUAUAUUUUUAUGCUGUCUUUCACCCCUUUGUGUCUAAUAAUAUAUCACGGCUUCAAGGUUUGCCGACUUUGCAAAGGUGAAAACAGAGGGGGAAAAGGUUGCGAGUAAGUGAGAGUAAAGUAGUGGUUACCCCCAAGCGCCAGCCAUUUUUUCAUUUCCCUUUGCUGUCUCUCUAUUAAUCCAGCAGGUUCCCUCCUUUCUUUGCCUUCUUGCUUUGCUCCUACUUUCUUCACCCAUUGCUUUGCCUUGUCCUGCACAACAUCUCAACCCCAAACCACAUCACCACUCCCCCCCCUAACACCCAUCUUCACCCUCAAACAACUGUUAUACACCAUAUUAUACAGCAGAUACAGGCUUCAACAGAAUAUCUCAUACUGUAUACCACCCCCUCGAACGCCACACACCUCCCCUCUCCCCUUCCAUUUUUCAAACUCCUCGCUCAGCCCAGGGAUACGACAAACACACAGGCACACACACACACACCACAUUGCACCUUCCCCGACUUCCCCCACGGCUGCUUCCCAUAUUAAGGUUCUGUCCUGUGGGCGCCUCCGUUCUGUGUUGCUCACCAGAUCUACCACCUUCAUAUUGAGCAACAGUCCCUCCGGCUUACAUCUCGUGUUGACCCCCCCCUUCUGUUGAAUCCUUUGUGCGUUGAUCGGACCAAUUCCACUGCCGUUCUCUUUUCUCCUUCCAUAUCCCUCUCUAUUUUCAUUUUCACUCGCUCUUUGAUUCGGGUUCGCGGGAUACUAGGCCUUUAAUCUCACCUUCAUUUCUUGCAGCUACUCUUUCUGAUCAUUCAUUUUUUUCUCCCUUUCUAUUGCUUUUAAACAUUGUUUUACCGGUGCCUUUUUCGUUCCUCGGUCCAAAUUGUUUUUACCGGAUUUCUUCGAUUAGCUUUGGCUCGUACGCUAGUGCAGUGUUUUGUUUUUGUUUGCUGCCCCCUAUUAUCUUGCUAGCGAGCGAAACGCAGCGGGACACUUAGAGGAGAGGAUCGGAGAAAAGUGAGGGGGAUAGCCCUUUUUGUCCCACUCGAGGCACACUUUUCAAAAGGCCCUGGUGGUGCUGUUUCUCCAAUAGAAAAUUGUCCGGUUCGCACCUUGAGCAGAUCCAAUUACUUUCUUGGGAAUUAACUCGCCUACCAAUCGCCAGCUGGCCUGCGACCGUUCUUUCCUCGUGUUCACCAGGCCCCCUCUCUUGGCUCCUGAGGGCCCCCCCUCAUCCGAGAGGACCUUUACAACCGACCAACAGACAACUGCUUGCUACUAUCUGUAGCUGCUAACACGAAAUGUCACUCAAACAAGUAUGUUCACGGAGUGUGGAGGGCUGUUGGGGGGAAGGGGAGGUUUGGUGAGAAGGGACUGUUUUUGCUGAUUUCUCGGGGGGGUGAAAAUAGGAAAUCGAGAGUUGGGUAGAGGCUUUGAACUACUAUGAUCAGCAAAACUAUGAGAAAGCCUUGGAGAUAUUCGAAGCCAAUGCCGACACUUCCAAAAUUUACUUUAAUAUUGGCAUGAUCCAUGCGACACUCGGUGAGCAUGACAAGGCUGUAAGUUGUUUGUUUGAAAUUCUGGUGUUUACAGAAUGCUUCCUGUGGGAAAGAAAUCUGGUUACUGACGAGAUUUUUUUCUCCUGGUUCCGCUGUAGGUCGAGGCAUACCAAAAAGCUACUAAACUCGAUCAGUUCCUCGCCGUUGCAUAUUUCCAACAGGGUGUAUCAAAUUUUCUACUGGGAGAGUUCACAGAGGCUAUGGCGAACUUCAACGAGGCCCUUCUGUAUCUUCGGGGGAAUACGUAUAUUGAUUACGAUCAGCUCGGUUUGAAGUUUAAGCUCUUUUCAUGUGAGGUGCUAUUUAAUAGGGGUCUUUGUUACAUUUAUGAUCAGGAUAUCGAACAGGGGAUGAAGGAUCUGGAGUAUGCUGCAAAGGAGAAACAGGUGGAUGACCAUAAUGUGAUCGACGACGCGAUCAAGGAACAAGCCGAGGUAUUUAAAUUUUCUCGGCUGGUGUUUUUUUUAAGAGGGCUGACAUGGGAAUCUGUGGUUGUAGGGCUAUACCGUAUUUUCUGUCGGGGUCGGUGUUUUAUAUCGACCUAAUGAGGCUAAGGUCAAAAAUGUGAAGGCCAAAGAUUACUUGGGAAAGCCAAGAUUGGUUGCGGCGUCGGAUGCCCAGAAUGCAUUCACAGGCUUUGCGGGAACGGAGGUUAAGAAGGUAUGUCUGAAAAUCGUGAAUAGGGGGUUCGGUUUGUGAAGCUUUAAACUAACUUAGGACUGUAGCAAAAUAUGUUGGAAACUGCCCCAGUAGAUGAUCGGACCGACAUCUCAUUCGCUGCGACAAAACUCGUCAGACCGGAUCUGAUUCCCCGCCGAAGGUCAGAUACUGGAUCAGAAGAGAAGGCAGCUCAACCCGCAUUGCGGGGAGAGCGCCAAGUUUUUCCUCCCACGCCACCUCCCGAAAAUGAGUUUUCACCGGCUGCACAAAAGCCAGCCCGUAGUAACACAGUUGGUGGGCCGUCAGCUGGCAGGUCUCUAUCUGUGCGUGGAGCUGCACCGACACGUGCCAGAAGCCAUGACCGUGACAGAGGGGGGGAUAGGAUUGAUGAGGGUGCCGGAGGGCGUUAUAGUCCUCCACCAAGAAGACCCACAGUCCGCGGCCAGCCGGAGCCUCGUCGUGCGUACUCGACACGCGCUCCUUCCUCUUCUUCAAUUUCCGUCGCGUCAAGAUCGAGGACUGUUCGUGAAGCGCCCCGACGUCGGGAUGACCGUAUGACUGAAUAUUCGGAUGAAAUUGAAGGUAAUCCAUACGGCAAUGAGGUCUAUGACCUUUAUGACGGUCGUGAAGCCCCACGAAGAGGAGGCCCUGUGGGUGGUUCCGUCCGAAGUCGAGGCCUUUCGCGCCGCCCGACAACUAGGGACCGUUACGGAGAUGAUGAUGAAUACGCGAGCGAAGCGUACGAAGGGUCAUCUUUCGACGAGGACGAAUUUGAGAUGCUUGACACCCGUAGUGCCCGCAGCGGAUCGUCCCGUCGCCCGGAUGUGAAAAAGGUGAGGAUCUACCCCCUACAUAAACCAGGAGUUAACCCCAUCAUGCCCCACAAGGGAUAUGGGGAAUGACUAUUUGUCGAGUCAUUUUUUGGAUAUUUUGGAUUUAGUUGGGACGAAAUCAUAAGCCACUCGAACACCCUCCCUCACUCGGACGACUAAACUUGAACAGGAAACUUUCCUGUGGUAAACUUGGCAAAAUGUUGCAACUGAAGAGAUCAGCGGGCGACUUCCCUCUCGAAAACCGACCCAAUCAGCAUCUGUCCGAGUGGGGUGUCCGAGUGGCUCAUGGUUUCGUUUAUCUCAUUUUUUCACGUUGCUAACUUUAUAUGACUUUGAUUAUCUAGAUUAAAGUUAAAGCCCAUCACGAGGAUGACACACGCGUGGUCAUAAUAUCGACGGGAACAGGCUUUGACGAAUUCGUCACUCGCUUAAAGAGCAAAUUCGGGUUCCAGCGUAAAGUUAGGUGUAAAAUCCGGGACGAAGAUGGCGAUGGUAUGAUUAGUCUCUCAGACCAAGAGGAUCUGGAUAUGGCUAUAUCAUCAAGCAAAAAGGCCGCGCGGCGCGAUCGCUCCGACGUCGGAAAACUUGAGGUAAGAAGGGAAAAAUAUCACUCAUCCAACAAAUGCCCGACGCUGAACGGCGAUUCCUUUGUCCGUCCGUUCAAUCUUCGUUCCUCCGUGUCCGUGUUUUUUUCCUUGCUUUUUUGGGCGUUUCCUCCGCCCAGCCUCCCCUGGAGA